UUAAGUACAUCGCACUCGCAUAAGAUCAUCGACUCAAAGAAAACCCCGUCAAAACCAAAAAAAAUAAAAAUAAAAAUACCAAUCAUAAUCCCUCCCUCUCUCAGUAUCAGUCCUUCUACGCCCUAAUCUGUUGAGCUUCCAUUCCUGCUCUCUCCCCACUAUUUCGACUCGUCUGUGUGGUAGGGUUAUUCGGCUGACUGAAGAUGAGCGGUGGGGGGUAUAGGGUUCAAAUCCCAAACAGUGUGAGGAAGACGAUCCAGAACAUCAAGGAGAUUACGGGCAAUCACAGUGAGGAGGAGAUUUAUGCAAUGCUCAAGGACUGUUCCAUGGAUCCCAAUGAGACAGCUCAAAGGCUUCUCUUUCAGGAUCCAUUUCACGAGGUCAAAAGGAAACGUGACAAGAGGAAGGAGAAUCUGAAAAACCGAGAAUCAGCAGAGCCUCGUAGGAGAGCUACUACUCAAGGGCGGGGGAGUAGGGGUGUUCGGGCGAAUUUUUCACCGCGUCACACUUCAAAUGAUGCUGGUGGUGGCAGGAAUUCUGGUGCAGAAAAGAGUGUUGGUCCUUCUUUGCCAGUCUCACUGACAGAAAGUAAAGAAGCAACUCCAUCAGCAAGCUCUGCUGCUAUUGUCGCCAAUGGUCCUACUGUUGUAGCUUCUGGAAGCACUGGUAUGAACCAACCUGAAAAGAUUUUAUACACCACUGGCAUUAAUAAGUCGGAGAGUGCGCUGCCACCUGUUGAUGGAGAUAAAAGUCCCAACAUUGCAAAUGGUACUGGGGAUAUGGGUGGAGAGCCUGUGGGAAAUUCGAGUAGCUCCUCGUUCUCGAUGACUUCAUCAUCUUCAUCAGCAGUUUGCUUCUCAUCUUGGGAUCUUGAUUUGGUUCCAACUAGUGAUUCACGGCUCCCAGGUGCUGUUGGUGCAAUCAAACAGGAAGUUGGGAGCAAUCAAACUUCCAGUGACCAAAAUUCAGUUAUCCCUGCUGAAACCAAAUUAACUUCUGCUUCUGAAAUUGGUGGCUCUUUGCAAGAGAAAAUGCCAAUCAGCAGAUCCCAUGGAGUUGGGAAGACUCCGAUGCUUGAAUCUUCUCAACCUUCAUCUUCCUCAAUCCAUGGCAGCUCUUCUGGCAGUCGCCCUUCUUCUAAUUACAGUAAUCGUUCCCAAGCAAUAUUUGGUCCUAAAAAAGUUGGAUCUAAUAAGGAGUGGAAGCCAAAGCCGACUGCCCCUGCUGUGGCUCAUGGGUCUGGAACUGGUGUUUCCUCUGAUGUUGCUAGUAUUUCCAUUGAAGCCAGUGCUCAGUCACUUGCUGUAAAUGCCCUUGAUUCUGAAGAGGCAACUUCGGAACUGCAGAAAAAGCUGGAGGAGUUACAUCUUCCACAGCGUCAACAUGUCAUAAUUCCAAACCACAUUCACGUCCCCGAAUCUGAAAGAACAAAGUUAAGUUUUGGAAGUUUUGAUGCUAGCUUUGGUGUAACUUCAAGCUUUGUAAGUGCUCAGCAGAGUGAGAAAAGUUCUACGCCUCUGUCUGAAACUUCUCAUGGUCUUGAAGAACCUUUGGAGGAACAGGCUGCAAGCAGUCCAAAUGCAUUGGCAACUGCAGAGGAGGGAGUGUAUCCUGAACAUCCACAGUCACCUUCAAAUAUACACGAUAAUUUUUCUGGCGAGGGAGAUGUCUCUUCCAGUGCGGUUCGAGAGUUUGACGAAUCCAAGCAGGAGCCUGCAUUGUCAGGAGUACAUCAAUACUCUGUGGUCCAUACUUCUCCUAACUACAAUUACGGUGUCAUGCCUCCAAUUAUAGGUACUCAGGCUUCAACAUUUGAAAGCUCAGAGUCUCAAGCACGUGAUGUUUCUCGCUUCCCGAGCUUUGUAGUUCAGCAGCCAUUUGAUCCGACAAGUUACUAUGCCCAAUUUUAUCGUUCAGGUGCUGAUAGCGAUGGUCGUGUUUCUCCUUUCCCCACACCGGGAGUUGGGACCAAAUAUAAUGGGAAUGUUGCAGUAUUGCCUCCACAAAAUUCUCAGUCGCCUCAAGAGGGGGGGAACUUAGUUUUGUCGGUGCCAGGUCCAACUCCGCUGGUGACUCAAGCUGCCAGUCUUAUGCAAACUUCUUUAGCUGCGACUCAGCAACCACUCCCUGUCUUCCGCCCACCAGCUGGGUUGCAUAUAUCCCCUUAUCCUCCAAAUUACAUUCCAUAUGGCCACUACUUCUCCCCGAUCUAUGGUCCACCCCCAGGGAUCCACCAAUUCCUGAGCAAUGGUGGAUUUCCUCAGCAACCUCAAGCUGGUGGUGUAUAUCCAGCUCCACCAGCAGCUGCCUCUGGGGUCAAAUAUCCUCUCCCACAAUACAAGUCUGCAACGAACAGUGGAAACUCAACCCAGAUUGGUGUGCCAAGUGGUUACGGACCAUACAGCUCCUCUCCAGCUGGUUAUAAUCCCAGUGCUACUGCAACGUCUGGGAACUCUGCUUCUAACGAGGAUCUUGCAACGACUCAGUUCAAGGAGAAUAAUGUCUACAUCAAUGGCCAGCAGAGUGAAGGUUCGGCUGUGUGGAUUGCUGGUCCUGGUCGAGACAUGUCUAGCUUGCCGACAACUUCAUUUUACAACCUUCCUCAUCAAGGUCAGCACAUGACUUUUGCUCCAUCACAGGCUGGCCAUGGCACAUUUGCCAGUUUUUAUCACCCUGCACAAGCAGUAACAGCAGCAGGUGUUCACCCACUCCUACAGCAGUCCCAGACCAUGGCCGGAGCUGUUGAUAUGGUGGGACCUGCAGCCAGUAUUUAUCAACAGCCUCAACAUGCACAGAUUAAUUGGCCCAGUAAUUACUGAUUGAGGUUUAGACUCUUUUUUUUCCCCGUGAAUCAAGAAUAUAAGUUCAACUCCAACCCCGGGUUAUUAUUUUUGCAAACUUCAACAGAAAAGAGGAAAAGAUCAAGAAGAGACAACAUUGGCCUGAUUUGAGAAUGUAAAUUUAAGGAAGGUGGCGCGGACAAUUUGCUGUUGGUAUCUCCUAAUUGUGCUCGAGUUGAGAGCAUAAAAUGUGCGGUUCACCUAUUACUGAAAUUGACCGUUUUAAGUUUGUUGGGUCGGCAAUGUGCAGGCCUUUCUCUUUCUUGCUGCUGCUAUAUGGUUUUACCAUCUUUCUCUUCAUAGUUUGACGCCACCUUUACCCCUUUUGUCUUUUUAAGUUUGAACUGAAUAGAAUUUGCUGAGUGAGAGGAUCUUUUUCAUUCCUUUUUCAUUUUUUAUAUUUGAAGUUUUAUAGGCCUCUGGAAGGUAAGAUAUAGGUUUGUGGAGAAUUUUUCGAAUUCCUUAUUUUCUCGUCUUUCUAGUCUUACCUGUAAAGUGAAUUUUGAUAGCAAGAAGUGAACUGUUGUAAUUGGUAUGAGCAAAAGCAAACUUUCCAA